AGAAGAGUGCCUUCUAAACAAACUCAGGGGUCCAUCCCGCUUCUGGCUCCUCAUAACUAGCAGGAAUGUCCAACAGCCAACCGUUGGUUGUAGACCUGAAUGUGCGGACUUUCCAGUUAGUCCAGACAAGCUCCGAACUUGCACCCAGGGUUAGUUAUGGUCGAGAUGGCUCCUAUGCCUUUUUGAAACUGUUUCCUUCUGAUGGAUUGAGCACGAGGGCGUUCGAAGGAAUUUUAAGCCAUGUCGAAAAGCUCCGCCAGAUAAAGUCUCAGCGCCUGGCACAGAUAUUUGGCGUGUAUCAGACACCUAAUACAUUUGGCAUUCUGACGGACUGGAUGCCAAAUGGAUCGUUACAUUCUCUUAUUUACCAGAGGGAUCAGUACUCCAUACUGCCGUUCAGAGUGUGCAUCAGGAUCCUGGUGGACGUCGCAGAGGGUCUGCACCAUCUGCAUAGCUUGUCUCCUCCGGUCGCGCAUCAGGCACUCAAACCGUGCAACAUACUAAUGGAUGAACAGUACAGAGCCAAGGUUUCGGAUUUUGGAUUGGCUUCAGUACGGAGUGCAGUCUCCACUUCCGAUGAUCCAAGUCACAAGCAUAGGGUGUAUCUGUCACCAGAGAGGCUCCAGGGCGAAGGACCAUCUGUAGCAGAUGACAUAUACAGCUUUGGGAUGAUUUGCUGGGAAAUGUUUAGCAGACAGCCCCCCUUUCAUGACAAUGACAACCCCCUGAAACUGGAAACCUGUAUCACGAGGGGCCUCAGACCACAGCCAGACAUGAACACCCUGUUGACCGCUAGGGGUAUCUCCCCAGCCCACCGCGCACCCCUGAUGGAGCUCGUCAGCUGCUGCUGGCACUUGGAGCCACACAUAAGACCUUCAAUGAGAAGAUGCCUUGACCACCUACAGACAAUCCUCCAAACUAUUCCUGCUGAGGCGAUGGACAGCUCUGUUGACUUCCUACAGAGCAAACGGACGACGGCACAGAACCAACCACUGGAAUUCAGUAUGAAAUCGUUGGCUCUUUCAAUGACCAGCAACAGCAGCAGAAAUCGCGCAUGUAGCGAACCUACCGCGGGUUCAACCAAUUCUUUAAACAGCACGGCCCGGUGUAAAGACCAACGAAGUGCCACUCUUCCCUGUUUGCCAUUACGGCAGCCUGUGCAGGCCAGCGGCCACUUACCCCUUGCUAUUAGCCCCAAGUCUUCCGAAGCUCCUCGCCCUCAGCAAAGGAAAGCCUCUUGGACAAACAAUUGCUCGAGCCAGAUGCCAACUUCAGGUCCAUUCAGGCAUCAUGUGGAAAAUGGAUACUUUACAAGAAUGCUGAUCACAAAUAGAGAAAAAAUCUUGAAUUGCUUGACAGAGGGAAGGCUGAACCAUCUUUUAGACAAACUAAGGUCCAGUAGGAUUUUUUGUAGCGCAGACUGUGAGGAUGUGGAGGCAAAUAAAACACUAACAAACAAAGCUCGGAUGUGCCUAGACAUCUGCCAUCAGAAAGGCGAGGAGGCAUCAAUGUUUCUCUUGCAGAUCCUCAGAUCUUUCAACGUGUGCUUAGAACCCCGAAACCCGGCAUGAAACAAGGACAUUCCGAGCUGACACUUUGUAAUAAGGUUUGGUUUUGUGACUCCAAAAGCCCUAGAAAAGGCUGUAUUAGGGAUUGCCAGCCUCAAUGCCACCCUUCUGAAGACAUCAGCACCAAAGGUGUUUAAAUACUGGAAAGAACCGUUCAGGAUGGAUCCUGGUCGUGUGUAUUCUGGUCAAGGACAAUGCGGAAGCUGGCCAAUGUGUCCCUUCAUCCACAGCAGCAUUAAGAACCUCACACACGAUGGAAUGGACUCUUGUUCAGGUUCUGUGACCAAAUGAUUCAGUGAUGUCCACGGCAAACAAAUGGACCAGGCCCGUGGAAGCAUGGAGACCCAAAUAGACAAUUCUUGUCAUGUCCAACAUAGUCCUGGCACUCGCUUCAGGUGCCAGCUACCAAGAUGAGAGAUAAUUCACAGAAUUGUGGCCGUUUCCUUUUUUAGAAACACCUCUCCAUCUCUAAAUGUUAAAGUUCUCUAACGCUUUGUAAAUAAUACAUACAUGUAUGACUUUUGAUAAUUACUACCUUUUUUCAUAUUGUUUUGUACAAUGUAAAAUACGAUACUUUACAAAUAUAUGCAUAUGUCAACAAAGUCUUCCUAACGGGUAGGAUGCCCAGCAUAGUUAGUGAAAAGGUUUGCGAGGCAGAAAUCAAGAACUGAAUAUAUAUCACCUUGUUUAAAUAUAGAUUCAUGGCAAUAAAUCUGUGCGGAUGUGUGGG